CCUCGGUGAUCGGAGGCCUAAGUAUCUGAACAGAGAGCUGGGAGGAGGGGACAGUCAGUUAUACGACUCUGUCCUACGAGAUCAGACAGUCUACAGUGAGAAUUCAUAGUGAAGGGACCUUUACAGACAGGGCUGGAGCAAUAAUCUGAUCACUUAAAGAGAAGUGGACCAAUUAAAUCUUCUUCUGAGCCUUUUGCAUGGAUCCCAAGAAUAAAGCAGCGAGAAUGCAGAUGAUGUUAAGGUGCUUGUUGAGAGUGUGAGUUCUGGCUCGUGUCGGCCAGAUCGCUGAACUUAAAGUGAUGGUGCAGGAAGAUCCAAACCUGGGCUCAGGUCCAGAUGAGGAUGCCUCUGAGUUGUCAAUUUCUGACAAUGAUUCAGACACUGGGAGUGUGCUGUCAGAUGACUCUGUGCUUCCUGACUAUAAGCGGGAAGAGGAUAGCGGAGGCCCUGCCAACACCUUGUACCAAGCCUGUGCCAAGAACAAUGCGGCAGCCCUAUGCAAAGUUCUGGAAAGGGGAGUCACAAAAGAUGAAGUCAUGGAAUUAGACAUAAAUGGAAGGAACUGUCUGAUGUCGGCAGUCUCAAAAGGUUUUGUGGAUAUUGUGUAUGGACUAAACCAGUGCCCAUUUCUGAAUAUCAAUCAUCAGGAUAAUGACGGCAACACUGCACUUAUGAUUGCUGCACAAGCUGGUUUUGUAAGCAUUCUUACCUACAUCCUCAAUUACUUCUCUGGAGUGGACAUGGAGCUCAGGGACAACCGAGGCUUUACUGCACUCCUCAAGGCAGCCAUGCAGGGCAACAAUGACUGUGUAGCCUCUCUGGUCAUGGCAGGGGCUGACAUAAAUGUAGUGGAUGCCGCAAGGGGAAAGGAUAUGCAAGAAUGGGCCCUGAAGACAGGUCGCUUUGACACACUAAGCAGGCUUAGACGACUAAACAAUAGACCAAGGGCAGAACAGUUUUGUGAAAACUUCAUUCCAGAAUGGCCAGAACUGAAGGACCUGGUAGCCAAAGCCACGGCCACAAAAAGCACCGGGCAGAAAGUCGCCUGUCGCUUAAAGUCAACUUUCAGCUUCAGCUUUCCACGUGACCCCCAGGACAACGGCAUCAUGGACCAUAUGGUGCGUAUCACCACAAGCAUCCACAGUCCUUUGGUGGUCACAGGAUGUCGUCCUCUGUGUCCCACAAGCCCCCCAGAGAUCGGUAAGCGACGACUUCCUGUGCCUGAUUUGAUGCAGAUGCACCCAGAUAAAGAUCUGGAGAAAGAUGCCGUACAGCACAGCAAUGGCUCCAUCUCUACCUCGACAACCUCAGCUUCUUCCUCCUCGCUGACCUCAUGCUGUUCCGACAGCAUGCGGAGAGACAGCGUGCUGUCUUUGGCCUCCAGUGGCAUUCGCAAGUUCGUGCCACACAUGGCCCGUCGCAAUAGCGUGUUUCCUGACGGCUGCAUCCCUCAAAUCAAAGUUAGCAAGUCUGCGGAGCCAACGCCAAAGAAGGAAAAGAAGAAGAAGAAAUCUAAAGGUCACUUAGAGCCACCAGUGUGGAAGUAUAAGGAAGCUAAAGAGGAGAAGAAAAAACUGCUGGAAAAAGAAAAGGCUGAUCAAGAAAAGACUGAUAAGAAAGUUAAGAGGAAGAGUAAAAAGUAAAUGAACUGGCAAAAUGUAACACAUGCUCUCAGAUUUGUCUGCUAUCAGUGUAGAUCUUUUAAAUCUGCUCAUGAAGGGCUAUUAAAGGGAAAUGGCAAUAAACCACAUUAGUAUGCAUGGA